UCAGGCGCGAUAGACGAACAGAACACAGAUACAAUUUGCCUGUAACCGCGCUGUUUUAGAUAAAGGACAUCCAGAGUGAGUUGUAUUUUUUAUUCCAUCAUCGCAAACAACCGGUUAUCAACUAGUGCCUUCAAUCAGAGUUCAUGAAGAAGUGACGACGCUUUUUACACUUUUACAUUUGGUGCCUGGACGGGACGAUUCAUUGAGUGUCUUUAUGUGACAGUUGAGCUAUUUGUCCGUUUACUUUAGAGAUGGCAGAUUUACCGCUGCCGCAACAGUUGGUUGAUAUAGACCCGGAUUUCGAGCCGCUCUCGAGGCCCCGGUCAUGCACCUGGCCUCUGCCUCGACCAGAGUUCAUCGAACCGGCUUGCUCAAACACAUCUUCACCGGCGCCUUCAGUCAAGCAGGAGCCUGUCGAAUACAUCAGUAACCUCAGUUUUUUAGAAGAGUCAGAGGACUACCCGGAGGAUCAGAAACCGCUCGUUUUGUGCAAUGAUUUUCAGUGCCAGGGGAACUGCAUACACCCGCAGCAGGAGCAACAACAUCCACAGCAGGUACAGCAUCAGCAGCAGCACCCGUGUCCUCAGCUGCCGCACCAGCAACAGGUGCCCCCGGUCUCAUCCCCCGUCGGUUCGAAUUCGGUGGCCGCCGCCGCAGCCGUGCAGAGGAAAAGCAGCUCGUCGCGUCGGAACGCCUGGGGCAAUAUGUCCUACGCGGACCUCAUCACCAAGGCGAUAGAGAGCUCACCCGAGAAGCGACUCACCUUGUCUCAGAUCUAUGACUGGAUGGUGAAGAGCGUGCCAUAUUUUAAGGAUAAAGGAGACAGUAAUAGCUCAGCAGGUUGGAAGAACUCCAUCCGCCACAACCUGUCCCUCCACAGUCGCUUUGUCCGUGUACAGAAUGAGGGGACGGGGAAGAGCUCCUGGUGGAUGCUGAACCCCGAGGGAGGUAAGAGCGGGAAGUCCCCCCGACGUAGAGCUGCCUCCAUGGACAACAACAGCAAGUUUACCAAGAGCAGAGGGCGGGCUGCCAAGAAGAAGGUGGCUCUCCAGGACGGGGUAGUUGGGGGUGCAGACAGUCCGGGAGGCUCCCAGUACUCCAAGUGGCUCGGCAGCCCCAACUCCCACAGCCACAGCAACGAUGACUUCGAGGCCUGGACUACCUUCCGGACGCGUGCCUCCUCCGACGCCUCCACCCUCUCUGGCCGUCGCUCUCCCUUCUUGGAACAGGACAUCGACCUAUCAGAGGCCGACGUCCAUAUGGGCUACCCUGGAGGGGUGGGGCCUAAGAUUACCUCCAUGGCCACCCUGCCCAGCCUAUCAGAAGUGGGCCUGGCCGGCUCCAUGGGGGGUCAUCAUCAUGGUCACCAUGGAACAGAGAAUGUCAUGGAGAGUCUCCUUGACAACCUCAACCUGCUGUCCCCCAAGAAUCAAGGCCAGCUGGUGGUAUGUGGCGGGCCUGGGUCCGGGCCCGACUCCUCCCGGUCCUCCCCCUCCUCCAUGCUUCAGAACAGCCCCUAUAGCUCGCCCUCCAUGAACCCCCAACCCCAACAGCAGGACUACAGGAAGUGCCUCUAUGGCCAGGCUGGGCCAGGCAUGAACAGCCCGCAUCUCUCCCCCAUCCCCAUGCAGACGCUGCCAGAGAGCAAGCCUCCAGGGUCCUUUGCACCCUUCCGGAGCCAUUACAACUGCCCUGCUGGGCUCCUUAAGGAGCUGCUGACCUCUGACGUAGCUGACCCCCGUGGUGGGGGUGGGGGUGGUGGGGAGGCCAUGCCCACCAUGGAGACAGUAGUGUCCCAGUCAGGGAAAGGGCGAGGAGGAGGAGGGCGGAUGCUGCCAAACUACAGCAGCCAGGGGCAGGUGGGACAGGUGGGGGGGCACGGAGGGGUGAAGAUGAUGAGACCCCCUCCUCAGCAACACCCACAACACCCUCAGUCUCACACUCAAAAUCCACACCCUCACCCUCACCUGCAGCCUUUCCACAGCCAGGGCCAGUGCCCUCCCCUAUCUCGGCCCUCCAUGAACGGCUGUGGCCUGAUUCCCCUGACCAGCCUCAACCACGCUGGAGGCCCAGCCCGUCUAGCCAGCCUCAGGACACACAUCCACCAGCUACAGCAGCGGCCCCACAGUGGUGGUGGUCACCCAGUCUCAGGCCAUCACAACCACAGUCCCCACCACAGCGGAGCUCCUCCACCCAGCUACGGCAGCAGUGCUAAUCGUUAUGGGAGGCCAGGUCCAGGUCCCAGCUCUGCUCAUCCCCAGUCCCACCAUCACCACCACCACCAUCAUCAGGAGAGGCUGCCUAGUGAUCUAGACGACAUGUCCAUCGAGAGGUUUGAGUGUGACAUGGAGUCUGUUCUUCAUGACACGCUGAUGGAUGGAGACUCGUUGGACUUCAACUUUGACCCCAUGGUGACCACCCAGGGGUUUAGUCAGGGGGUUGGGGUGAAGACCACCACACACAGCUGGGUGUCUGGCUAAGACACACACACACCUCUCCGACUCAGAGCAGACAGAUUUUUCACCGUUCUCCACUGGCCUUCAUUAAGAGAAUGGACAAGUCUAAAGAAACCAUUGCCCCUCUCCAGAGGACUAUCAUCAGCCCGUCCCAAUUCUCUCACUAUCCAUUGCAGAUAUGUAAAGGUGGAAGAAAUAAGGUGGAAGCUCCAUCACUAAACUGUGUUUACAUAUCUAGACCCUUUAGAUUUGUAAAGAUCAAGGGGUACGGAGGGACUUCGCUGGCUGAGACUGGGAGGGAAAGGCUGGUCUGAAGUUAGCCUUGUAAAUAUAGCAGCAACUCGACUCGGCACAACAUCACUCACUUCAACAACUCGGAAGAAGCUGGAGACUUAUUUUACAGACUCUUAAAGCAAUGUUUUUUUGUGAAAAAAUGUUUAGUAUGUUAUUUGAGUUUUUUGGAUCUCACAUUAUGUUUUUUGCGAGCGUGUAUUUAUUUUUUUUAUGUUCAAAAUCAGGGCUGGUUUUAGCACUUCAAAAACAACUGGAAUGAAGUGGGUUCUAUUUCGCAUUCAAGUGGGGUCUGUCCCACCCUUCAAGGUGCUUUUCAACAAGGUUGUCAAAAAGAGUUUGACAUAUUAUGUCUGAAUAAGAUAUUAUCGUUGUAAAUAUGUGACUAUACUUCAAACAUACAGUGCAUUCGGAAAGUAUUCAGACCACGCAACUUUUUCCACAUUUUGUUACGUUACAUCCUUAUUCUAAAAUGGAUUAAAUAGUU